AUGGAGGUGUGCUCUGCACAUUUGCCCGAGGCAGAGCGUAGGAGAAGGAGGAAUCUGGGCGUCUGCUCCUAUGGUGGAAAAAGGGGUAACUUCUCCCUGACCUGCCAUCUAUCCACAAAUAGGCGAGGAGGUGACAAGCCAGGAAAUUCCCCUGCUCCAACCCAGGCAGAGGAGAGAGGAAGAAAAUACCCCCAUCAUCCCUCCGUUCUGUUUCAUCGCGCCAGUGGUGUGGGACGUGGGUGCCGACAUACGGCAGGCCCUGCGUACAGAACCCGCUCCUGCUCAGUGCCCGGAGAACCGCGCCUAUGUGCCCACUGGUGUGCCGGACCGCCUCCUUUCCUGGGCGCACACGGCACCUGUGUCGGGUCAUCCUGGUAUAGGCCAUACCAUCACCUGCCUGACUGAGAAGUAUUGGUGGCCCACCUUGGCUAUGGACGUCCGGGUUUACGUCUCUUCCUGCUCCAUCUGUGCCCAGUCUAAGACACCCAGACACCUCCCUUAUGGUGUUCUCGUCGUUGUGGACCAGUUUUCCAAAGCUUAACGCAUCCUUCCUCUGCCUGGGUUCGCCAUCGGCCAUGCAAACCGUGGAGGCUCUUUUUACGCACGCCUUCCGGCACUACAGGAUGCCGGAGGACAUUGUGUCAGAUCGUGGUCCUCAGUUCACCUCACGCUUAUGGAAAGCGUUCAUGGAACGCCUGGGGGUCACGGUCAGUCUCACCUCCGGGUACCGUCCUCAAGCUAAUUGGCAGGUGGAGUGGGUCAAUCAGGAAGUGGGCAGGUUCCUGAGGUGUUACUGUACGCGCAGAAUUCCCUCUGCCACUCAUCCAUUAACCUCACUCCUUUCCAGUGCAUGUUGGGGUAUCAGCCAGACCUUGGCAUCCGAACCAGACCGAGGCCCCUGCGGUGGACCAGUGGUUUCGGCACACUGAGGAGAUCUGGAACGCUGCUCACACUCGUCUCCAGCGGGCCAUGCGUUGGCACAAGGAACACUCUCCACCCGGAACCUGCCCCUCCGCUUGCCCUCCUGGAAGCUGAGCCCGCGGUGUGUGGGGCCGUUUAAAGUCCUGAGGAGGGUUAAUGAGGUAACGUACAAUUUGCAACUCCAUGCUGAUUACCACAUUAACCCAACUUUUCAUGUGUCUCUCCUCAGGCCAGUGGUGCCUGGUCCCCUCGCUGAGGCUGGACCCAGUGAUGCCCCACAUCCUCCUCUGGACAUCGAUGGAGGUCUGGCGUACUCGGUCCGUGAAGUCCUGGACUAGAGGCGUUGGGCUGGGCGUCUCCAGUACCUCAUCGACUGGGAGGGGUACGGCCCAGAGGAGCGGUGCUGGGUUCCUGCGGUGGACAUCCUGGAAGCUUCGCUGACCUGGACUUUCACCGUUGGCACCCUGACCGACCCACACUGCGUCCUUGUGGUCGUCCCAGAGGCCGGUGUGAUCCAAAUUACCAAAACACAGCCUACUACAGUGAGAUGCAGCCAUGCACAGCUAUCUUGCCAAAUAAAUAGUCCUAUAGGCCUGCUUCAAACAUUAAAAAUUAGCCGCUAAUGAGUUCUGCAACACGUUGUGAUAUGGCACAAUACACUUCUGUGGAUCAAAUUCGACUCACGUAAUCAAUUAAGCAAUGCCAGCCUACCAUAAACACAUUUCCAAUACGUACAGUUCCAUUUACAACCACAAAAACCAAUAGGCUACCAAGAAAACCAUAAUACAAUGUAUCUAUUUCUAUGAUGGUCCUCUGUAGCUCAAUUGGUAGAGUAUAGCGUAAGUCGCUUUGGAUAAAAGCGUCUGCUAAAUGGCUUAUUAUUAUUUAUCAUAUUAUUAUGAUGAAACAUACCGAUACGUAGCUAUACCCAGGGGCAUCAUUUGAGUUCUUGUAUUGGAAUUAUGCUGAAUUCUGCUUAUAUCACGCUAUACCACAAUAAAAAUAAAAGUUCAAAUGCUUUUGACCAAGAAGUGUCAGGUUGGCGCGAAAUCACAGCUGCGCUCUAUCAGCACCAUGGACAGCACCCUACAACACUAAAACAAUAUUUGGAUAAAAACCAACCAGCUAGAUUGCUUCUGACCUUUUCAGAAGAGUUGAAACCUCCUUGAUGCUCUGUGGAACUUCCUGAGUAAUCAAUAAUUCCAUUCUCCUCACAAACGUAUUGUAAGAUACUCCUCAAAUGCCAGUUGGAAUAGUUGAGCUUUCCUCGGGUGUAGCAUGCUUCUUCUCUGCUGACUGAACACGUUUGUCAAAUAGGAAAAUGAAUUCUCGCAUGUAGCUGUGGAUGCCCCAAAAGUCAAUCCAUGUUUCAAUGCAGUAUGCACGGUCGGCAUAGCGGAGAGAGGCCCAGAUAAUCGUUGCAGGACAUUAAGUUGGGUCCAUUUGGAACGCCGAUUUCAGUCUGCAAAAACUGGCGAGUGAAACUACACUCAGCUUCUACCAAAUCUGGUUUGUUUAGAUCCAGCAGUGGUUUCACCUUUUUCACAUCUACAAAGUCAAGGGCACACAGGGCCUCCACCAGUUGGCUAUUGCGUUCGCUGAAUCGUUCUGACAUUUCACCAAUGACAGCAUCCAUCUCUUCUCUGUCCUGCUGGCCUACUGUACUGUCCACCACUUUUGCUGGAGAUAUGCACUUACAUAACUUUCUCGUUUGCUUGGAGCUGGUGGUGUGUCAGUGCCACUGGCAUUGCACUGUGCCCAAAUGGCUUCGAACUCGCUGUCACACCUCAGCUUCUCAAAGCACUCCAACGCACUGCAGACCACUUUGACUCCAGCGUAA